CUUUAGAAAAUACAACAAUUUUUGGAUUACAACUAGCAGCUUUGGAAGGGCAACUAAUUGGAGUUGAUUUGCUGGAUGAGGGACUGUAUUUUGGGUUUGAUGGACCAGCCUUUGAGUUUCCCGCUCAAAUUUGUAGCAUUGAUGUUUUAAGACAGACGCUAGAAGUUUUGUAUUAUUUUAAGGAGCAAGUUAUCAGAAAAGCAAAAUAUUUGUCCCAGAAUUCAAGAAAAAACACGAUUGCCAAACUUCUACAUUCUGGAAAUAUCAUGAAGCCGAAUCACUUCAAAAUUAAUUACAUUCGGGAAACUUAUUUUUCACCAAAAAAACAAUCUUUAGCCAGCGAAUCCAAUAAGUUAUACAUUAAAUUUAACGACAAAUAG